GACGUCAUAGAUGGACCAGUUUUUCAAUGCAAAUAAGCUAACGACUAACAGCUGUUGGUCUGUGACUAUUCUACCAUCUUCCAUAUUUACUUCGUUGUUUGUUCGUCCAUGUUACAAACGAUCAAAAUAAUUUAACGUCAGCUAUGAAAUAGAUGAAAAAUGAAAAAUUUUCUCAUAUCGGUAGAGAUUUUUACCGUUUUCGAAACAUCCAAGUCCCAUUUAAAAAUCGUAAUAAAAAAAAGGAGUUAAUUUAUUUAAAGGAACUUUAAUAGAUGUGCCACGGCUCAUAGAAGGGACAAAAUACAAUGACAAACCGAUCAAGAAUCACAUUUCUUAAAUAAACUUUAAAACCACCGACAAAUGUGCUUUUAUUUAUCAACCUCAAGAUUGUGGUGCAGGUGUUUUCGAGUACCGAAACUGAUAGAGAUAAGAGUCCUCCACACACAUUAUCAAUCUUUAAAAACGCUAUGCGACGGCGACAACGGACCGCGGCCACCGAUCGAACUGCCGAAACACCAUGAAAAAAACGGCGCUCGGUUUCCAAAUUCUCGCUAUCGUUUGCGUCGCGGGGACGUGCGACGCCGAACUGGUCCCCCAAUGCAGUUUCCUACACCAGUGCCACACCGACGAGAAAGGUCACGCUUACAACUGCCUCAACGACAGUUUACCGAUCCCCUUCGAAGCGACGCAUUCCAAAGCGGACGAAGCGCGCGCCAAACUCAAACAGUAUUGCCCGUUCUAUUUCGACGGCGCCAGCGACGAUCCGAUCGACUUGUGUUGCGACGUCGAUCAGAUUUUAAGCAUGGCCGACGGUUUCGUGAGCGCCGCGGCGUUCGCUAGGUGCCCGACGUGCGUCAAGAACCUCCAAAAGUUUUAUUGCACGUUCUCGUGCUCACCGUAUCAGAAGAACCUGACGGCGGGUUACGAGAAAAAGCAACAGAUUUUCCAGAGCGCGUACGCUUACUCCGUAUCCCUUUACGUGACCGAUGACGUCAUCGACGGUAUAUACGACACGUGCAAAGACGUGUCCUUGCCCAGUACGGGUGAGCGCGUCCUGCAAAGCACAUGCGGCAGCUACGGGGCCAUCUGGUGCAACCCCACGAGAUGGUUCGACUACAUGAACGACCCGUCGCAGAAUCCCGUGACGCCAUUCAAAAUCAAUUUGGUAACGGUAAACUCGUCGUGGGAGGGGGCGGUUAAUUUUCCUAUUCUCGGAUGUGACCAGGCGUACGACGAUUCGUCGGCGUGCAGCUGUUCCGACUGUCCGAAGAGCUGUCCGGCGAACCUUUACGACGUCAUCGACGGGGAUCUCGAGCAAAUGCUCGGCGACGUCACGACGACCGGGUUUUACGUCGCCGUAGGCACCGUCGGCGUCGGAUUCGUCGUGCUGUCGCUUCUUUUGUGGUUGUACAGCGCGCGCGCCGUCCGAGUCGAAUCGGAACCGGCAAAAUCUCGCGACGCCGCGUGCGUCGAGCGUCGCUUCCGGAGGGCCCUGCGAGAGUUUUUCAAGGUGUGGGCGUCAGCGAUGGUCGAGCACAAGAAAAAAGUUCUAGGGGCCUGGCUGGUCGUGACGAUCGCGUUGUCGCUCGGCUAUCUCCGCCUAGUAGUCACGACGAGCCCGAUCGAGCUGUGGGCAUCGCCCGAUAGCCAGACGCGCGAGGAGAAGGACUUUUUCGACGCCCACUUCACACCUUUCUACCGCACCAAUCAGAUAUUCCUGAAGGCGGUCGGAAUAAAAUCGAUCGAGUUCAAUUCGACGUACGGCGGGGACAUAGUGCUUGGACCGGCUUUCGACGAGACGUUCCUUCGCAAGGUGUUCGAGUUGCAGAAACUGGUGGAGAACAUAACGGUGACGCAUGACGACGCCGACGACGCGCGCGCCGUCGGAUUGGACGCGAUAUGUUACGCGCCGACGCUGAACCCAUUUUCCGCGGCGAAAACCAUAUCGGACUGCACUGUGAUUUCCCUGCUCGGACUCUUCGAAAACGAUAUCGAAAGAUUCUCCAAUGAUAGUCACGCGAGCACAGAGAGGAUUAUCGGAUGUUUGCAGUCUCCUUACGGGAUCAACUGUCUGGCGCCGUACGGUGGACCCAUACUGCCCGGCUUGGUGAUGGGCGGGACCACGCAGUCCGACCACUUGGACGCUACGGCGGUCACGCUGACGUUCAUCGUUGAAAAUCACGAGAACGAGGACGACCUCGCGGACGCGCUGGCUUGGGAAGAAAAAUUUAUCGAGACCGUGAAACGGUGGGAGGAGGAAGACAUGCCGGAUUACGUCAGCGUCGCUUACAGUGCGGAACGCUCGAUCGAGGACGAGAUCGCGAGGUCUUCGAAAUCGGAGGUGCUGACGGUCCUGAUCAGUUACCUCGUGAUGUUCGUUUAUAUCGCGACGUCUUUAGGCAAAAUCGACACGUGUCGGACGAUCUUGCUGGAAUCGAAGCUGCUGCUCGGUUUCGGGGGCAUAGCGGUGGUCGCCGCCUCCGUCCUGUCCGGCAUCGGUGUGUGCUCGUUUUUCGGCAUCACCACGACCCUCUUCACGAUCGAGGUGAUCCCGUUUCUGGUACUCGCGGUAGGAGUGGACAACAUAUUCAUCAUCGUGCAAGCGCACCAGCGGAAAGAGAGGGGGGAGGAGGCGCGAACGAUCAAGGAGGACAUCGCGGACACGAUGGGCGAGGUCGGUCCGAGCCUGUUGCUCACCAGCUCGUCGGAGGUGCUUUGCUUCGCGAUAGGGUCGUUGUCGACCAUGCCGGCGGUACAUUCGUUCGCUCUCUACGCGUCGUCCGCCAUUGCCCUCAACUUCCUCUACCAGAUCACCGCGUUUAUCGCGCUGCUCUCGUUGGACGAGCAACGUUACGAGGCGGACAGGCUGGACAUUUUCUGCUGCGUUCAAAUGGAAAGGCGCGAUCCCGGUACACCCAAGAGGCCGCCCAUCGUCCACACGUUUUGGAAACAGGUCUACACUCCGGCAAUAAUGACGAUGCCGGCACGAAUCGCCACCAUGAUAUUUUUCAUUUGCACAUUCGCGGUCAGUCUGAUGGUCGCGCCCUCCAUCGAAGUCGGGCUCGAUCAGAAACUGGCGAUGCCCGGCGACAGUCACGUGCUCAAGUACUUCGAGUACUUGGAGGAGCUCCUGAGCAUCGGCAGUCCCGUCUACUGGGUGACCAAAGGGAAGCUGGACUACUCUGACCCGGAUUUAAACCGGAAGGUGUGCGGUGGUGUCGAUUGCAUCGACUAUUCCAUCGCGACCCAGUUGUACCUCGCGUCUCAAGCGGCGAACAUCACGUACCUGUCGACGAGGCCCGAUUCCUGGCUGGACGACUUCCAGGACUGGGCGGACACCGAGGGUUGCUGCAAGUACUUCUCUUCCAACUAUUCGUUCUGCCCGCACACCUAUCCGACUUCGUUGUGCUCUUCGUGCUCAUAUUCCUCUCUGGGAGGCAACGUCACCCGCCAGCAGUACUUCAAGAAGUACCUGCCCACGUUCCUCGAGGACAAUCCCGACCCUACCUGCGCCAAGGGCGGUCAUGCGUCGUAUUACAACGGUAUAUCGUACACGACCGACGACGACGGCACGACGUCGGUCGCCGCCUCUCGGUUCAUGUCGUACCACACGGUACUGAAAACGUCCGCCGACUACAUAGGGGCGCUGAGAUACGCUCGCCGUAUCGCUGCCAACUUGACCGAAACGUUGGGUGUCGACGGCGUCGAAAUAUUCCCCUACAGUGUGUUCUACGUCUACUACGAGCAGUACCUCAGCAUCUGGUACGACACCAUCGACAACCUGGUCUACGCGCUGACCGUAGUCUUCGCCGCCGCCUUCUUCAUUACCGGUUUCAACUGGUUCACCGCUUUCGUAGUCUGGCUGACGGUCGCCAUGAUUGUCGCGCACCUCCUCGGCCUGAUGUACUUCUGGGGUAUAUCGUUGAAUGCGAUCUCGCUUGUCAACUUGAUCAUGAGCGUCGGCAUCGCGGUCGAGUUUUGCGGCCACAUGGUGACGCAUUUCGAAAAAUCGGACAGCGGUACUGCGGUCGGCAAGGCGACCGACGCCCUCGCCAACGUCGGCAGCUCGGUCUUCAUGGGCAUCACGCUGACGAAAUUCUCCGGCAUCACCGUCCUCGCGUUCUCCAAGUCCGAAAUCUUCAAGGUGUUCUACUUUCGCAUGUACCUCGGCAUCGUGUUGAUAGGCGCCCUCCACGGUCUACUUUUUCUCCCCGUGUUUUUAAGUUUCGUAGGUUCCAUCAAGUACCGAAGCCACGAAAAAUCCCGUUAAAACGACCGUAUAUUGUAUAUUUGUAGGUUAUUCUUUAAUAAAAACGAUUCCAAA